GGUGCUCCCAGGCUGUACAAUCCCGGCUCCAUUGUGUGGGCUCCUCGGGGGACUCCAGACGAGUUAAUCCCAGUAAAUGGCCCCCAAUUCGUGAGUGGCUCGUGUCCAGGCCUGUCUCCCCACGCCCUGACCAUGGGCCAGCAGGACAGCUGGUACCAACGGCAGCUGGAGAAGCAAAGGCCCAGCAGGCGCCGCAUGCCCAGGGCUCUGGGGCUGAGCAGGGCACGCUGACCCAGCCUCACUCCCUUGGCCCCAGCCCACGCAUGCUCCAGGGGUUUCCGUUCAAUUUGCUGGCAGCUCUAGCGCUCUGCAACCUACAUCCCCCUGGCUGGGGCACCCACCAUGCCACGGACCCCAGGGCCCGUUUCCAUGAAGCGUGGCACGUGGGUGCACGAGGAGCCGUGCUCUGUUCAAUCGGGUGCCUGCGCUCAGGGUGUUGGCUGGAUGCCUCCUGUCACCGACACAGGGCCUGGCCCAGCCCUGGGGUCACCUCCGGCAUUCAGGUCCCGUGGGGGCAGGCCUUGGAUUCUCAGAGCAGCUCUCGGUAUCAGGUAGGGCACGUGGUCAAACCACAGGCUGCGUCGCGCUCAGGGGUGGCCACGGCAGAGUCUCGAAGAAGCAGGACGCUUGCUGCAGCUUCACAAUGACAGAGAUGCCUCCCCCAAACCAGACCUUCAGCCCCUGGGCAGCCGAGCCCCCGGUCACCACCGACUACUACUACGAGGAUGGGGAGUACUCGGAGGGGGGCAGCCCCCUGCCCGAGGUGUGUGAGAAGGGGACCGUGCAGAGCUUUGUCCGCACCUACCAGCCGGCUGUCUACCUGCUGCUGUCAGCACUGGGCGUGGCGGGGAACGGGCUGGUGCUGCUCACCCACGCCCGCUACCGCCAGGCCCACUCCAUGACCGACGUCUGCCUGCUGCACCUGGCCGUGGCCGACCUGCUGCUGCUGCUGACGCUGCCCUUUGCUGUGGCGGGCGCGCUGCAGGGCUGGCUGCUGGGCAGCGACGCCUGCCGGACCCUGCAGGGCUUCUACGCCCUCAACUUCUACAGCGGCUUCCUCUUCCUGACCUGCAUCAGCGUGGACCGCUACAUGGCCAUCGUCCGGGCGCCUGCUGCCUGCCGCCUGCGCCCCCGGGCCCGCUGCUACGGCUGGCUCGCCGCUGGGCUGGCCUGGCUGCUCUCCACCCUGCUGGCACUGCCCCAGUUCGUGUACAGCCGGGCCGAGGAUCACCAGGACCUCCGGCUCUGCAGGGUGCUCUUCCCUGCCGGCGUUUCCAAGGCAGCCCAGGGAGCCACCAACCUGGCCCAGGUCAUCCUGGGCUUCGUGCUGCCCUUCCUGGUCAUGGCCUCCUGCUACGCGGCCGUGGCCCGCACCCUGCGGGCUGCCCGCAGCUUCCAGCGGCACAAGGCCCUACGCGUCAUCCUGGCCCUGGUGCUCGUCUUCGUGGCCCUCCAGCUGCCCUACAGCCUGGUGGUGCUGCUGGACACGGCCGACGUGCUGGGCCGCCGGGAGAUGAGCUGCGCCCAGAGCCGCCGCAAGGACCUGGCUCUGGUGGUGACCAGCGGCCUGGCCUUCGCCCGCUGCUGCCUCAACCCCGUGCUCUACGCCUUCGUGGGCGUGCGCUUCCGGAAGGAGCUGCGGCUCCUGGCCAGCGAUGCUGGCUGCGUGGGCCGGGCACAGGACGGGCAGCACCCCAGCCCCAGGCGCCGGGCACCACUCUCCACCUGGCUGGACACGGUGUAG